UGGCUAUUAUUUUUGUGAUUCAGUGUUAACCAUGAUUAAUCGAGGACCGCAUCCUUCAGCUGUUGCCGCAUUGUGCGGAAAAAAUCUCAUUUUGCAAGCACAACGCAGAUCCGGUGCCUUUUACAAGCGCGUUGCAAGAUUGAUGCCGAAAUCCGAGACAGCGGAUAGCAUUGUGAAUGUCGUGGCACCAACCGAGUUGUCGGUUUCGGUUUCGUCGGACCAAUUAUUGUUGCCUUCUAUCGAUUUGCCGGAUGAGGAACCAACUGAACAAUUGGAUCCGCUUUUCUCUGACACUCAGGUAUACGAAAUGGACUUUGUUACGGACGAUGAAGAGAGUAGUGAUGAAGAGAAUGCGAUGGACGACGAGGAAAAUUCCGCAGAUGACGAAGAAGAUGGUCCCGAUUAUGCCAAGAUGCCAGAUAAAGAUUUUACGUUAGACAAUGGGAAAGAUGCUCGUUUGUUGCUGCAAACAUUCGGACCAACGUACCAGGUGUUCGUUGCACCCUACGCCCCUGACGUUGUGAACGUGAAAUACAAGAAAGCGAGUUCUGCCAAGAAUGCGAAGAGGGCAUUGGCGGAUGAUCCAAGCGUUGUUUCUAUAGAACCAAUGGACAACUGGCCCUUUCAUAACCGAAGUGUCCGCACCUUGUCGAGUGAGCAGAAAUCAAAAUCCAGCUCAAAAUCGUCUGAUCCCGUGUCGCGAGAUCGCACCAUGAGGGAAGAUUUGCUGGACGGAUGCGUGAAAUGCCGUAAGAUUGAUGCGGGUUUCAUGUGCGGCAUUUGUUUUGCUUCGUACUGCAGCCAACAAUGCCGCGAUGCUGAUUUUGCCAAACAUCGCAAAAUCUGUAUGGCACCCUUGUUAAUAAAACAUCGACCGCACCCAAGUUUGUACUCCGAUGGAGCUGCUAAUGUGGCCGUGUCGAAUGGUCCCAAGAAAAACCCGACGACAGAGAUACGCGUACCGCAAAAAAAUAUCGAAAACGAGCCACAAGUAAAGCAGCAGCCGCAGCAAGAGCAACUCCAAAAAACAAAACAGGAUUUGAAAGAGCUACAGAACAAACCGCAAGCUCCGAAUCCUCCGGAAAAAAAGUCGAAUCGUGUUGCCGUGCCGGAGAAUACAAAGAAAGCGGUGCAACAACAACUACAACAGCGAGAGCAGAACCAGGGGCCCAAUCCUACACAAGCAUCCAAUGCUUCUCCGCAACAACCAUCCUCGACGCUAUUGAAGAGAAUGCAAAAGAAGGCAGCGACGACGAAGCGGACCAUUGCGUUCGAUCCUUUCCCGCCGGUUGGCAGCAAGGUGGCCAUUUCGUCCGUUUCGAAGAAAUGGCUGCACAUUCACGAGGUGUACGGUGGGAAUGAUGAUCCGUUCCUGAGUUACAUAACGCGUUGCAUGAAGCAUGCGGAUGAGAUAGAUGAGGAACUGCUGCAACCACCGCAAGAGGGUGACAUUGUGUUCGCUCCGUUUGACGGUUAUUUCUACCGUGCCGUCGUCACGAAGGUCGAGGGAUACAAUGGUACCGUGGUGUUCCCUGAUUUUGGAAACUUGGUAACCCUCCCUUGGCGCAAGAUGAAGGAAAUUCGCGACGCUUCUGUGAAGUAUGCCAACUGCCUAACGCAUGCCGUUGCCCUUCGUGAAGGAGCGCCGUUUACAAAGGUUGUGAAACAUUUCCUCAACGAGCUGGUCGAGGCGCACCAGUUUGAGUUAAUGCUUGUGGAGGACGGUCCCACGUCGGGUGUUAAAACGGUGGAGUUGCGUCACGUCGAGUCACAGUAUCUUUUGGGCGCCAAAGUGCGUUCCAUGACAACCCCACGGCAGUGAAAACGAUCAAGCUCGAGGCAACGGAUCCUGCAACGUACAAACCCGUUUACGAAAGUGAGUUCGAUGAAGCUUCCUUCCGGUCUGACAUUCAAUAGCAAGAGGAACAAGAGCUCGUCAUAAUGGAAGUGUCCGAGUUUGCCACCAGCCAUCAGGUUGGUGCAAUCUUGGCCAAUUCCGAAGCUGCUUUCGCCAACAUGAUGCGGGAGUGCCAAGAGUACGGCCAGUUUAAUCGGAACGAAUACUUAGGAGAGCCCGAACAUAACUAUGGAUGUUUGGUAAACUUCGAAGGCGCCUGGAUCCGGGCGGUCAAGCUAACUGCGGACUGUGAAAAUCAAUUCUUUUUGAUAGACCUGGGACUCUUUUCCCAGCUUGACAAAUCGUGCCCCAAGCGCCGAUACACCUCAGGGCUCACAAGGAAGCUUUUCUGUUCGGAAUAUCAUAUAGAAAAAUACUGGAUUUCUUUAUGAAGGUUAAAGCAAAGGUGUACUUGGAUGAAGAAUCUGAACUAUUUCGUAUGAAAAUCAUUUCUAUCAUUAAUCGUUAAACGCAGAAAUCGUAAAGCAUUUUAAUGGCAUCAUUUUCUUUGUUUUAAAUUUUUAUCGUUUAACUUUAAAUUUGAUUUAUUCACGUAGAAUUUAACAUUUGCUCCAUAAGGUUCGUUAGGGAUAUAAGGAUAUUAAAUGAAAUGACUAUUAAGAACUAAAUGAAAUAAUUAUAUAGAACGGAACAAACAAUAGCGCUGGAACUAUUGACUAUUGACAAAUAAAAAAAUUAGACUUGAAAGCGAAAUGAAGCAAAUUUCAGCAUAUCUUUGUAAUCCGCUGUCGCGUGCAGAGCCUAUUUUUAUGACGACAAUGCUUCAAUUAUUGCUUGCCACUGCUAGGUUAUUGACACAGCCGGUUUAAUUUUGUGAGUCGUCCCAAAACGAACGGCAACGAAACGAAGCGAUACUUUGGAUGAGCUCGUUACUAUUUUUCAUGGCAUUAAAGUGUCAAACACUAUCG